AUGACGCCAGCAAUGGAGAAGAAGUUGUUUGAAGAGAAGAUUAAGGCGAUCGUCGAGGAAAAGUUGUUUGAAGAGAAGAUUGAGGCGAUCGCCGAGGAAAGUUUCAGCAACCUCAACCCUCGGAGGAAGCAGAGCCUUGAUUCUGAUGGAGAUCACAGGUCUCCCCGGCCCUGCCAAGCUGCCCAGCGCCGAUGGAACGCCAAGAAGUGGAUGGAUCCCAUUCUUGAGGCGAUCAUCAAUGAAAGUUUCGUCGGCCUGCUCUCCAAAAAACCUGUCAAGGAGCGCCAUGCUGAUCAAUCAAAGGUUCAAGAGCCCAGGGCAUCGGGGAGCACCACUCAGUUGGGCAGCUUCCCCGACAAGUUUGAACACUCUCCAGGCAUGGCCGUUGAUGAAGAUGCCUUCCAGAACUUCGUGGACAUGUCGAGCCUGGAGGCGCUCGGAGCAGCUCAGCAGAUGAUUGAGAGCAGGAAGGCGAGCUGUGACAAGCUACUCGCCAUUAUCAGCGAGCGUCGCGAUCGCCUCAAAGCGCACAAGGUGCAAGAGAACAGGAGGGCGGUGUUCAAUGAGCUGGAGCGCAAGUUUGCCGGAAGCCGGUGA